AUGUCCUACCUCCGUCCAAAUGCAGUACCUGACAUUCCAUUGACGCAACCAACAACAGCUGAGCCAAAGCCACCUUUACCUAAGCGUGGAGCUUUUGAGAAGCGGAGAAAAGCUGAGAUUCUACAGCUUGCAUAUGACAACUAUGAACGAGAGACAGAAUGUGUACAACUCCAAGUACCAGACAGUACCACAACACCAGAACCAGAACCAGAGCUGCCAACCUCCAAUGUUACAGAGAACAAUACAUGUACAUCCAAAGUUACCAUGGUUACACAGACUACUCCACCACCAUCACCAAAAGUAGUAAAACACAAGAAAAGCCAAUCCUACCUCCGUCCACAGCAACGUACCAGGAAACAUCAAACAGAUCUUAAGAUUACACAACCUUCAGCAACAUACAGUACAAUUGCUACACAGACUGAUGAUGACAUUACAAAAUGUACAUGUGCCAGUACUCUACCUACAACAGCUCACACCACUUCAGCCCAAAACUCUGAUGACGAUGAGGUUUCCAGCCAUGCAGAUAGUGAUGAGGACUACCAACCCUCAGAUGAUGAUCAGAGAUUAUGUUCUGCUGAUCAAGCAAGCUGUUGUUUCCAGAAGGGAACAUGA